AGGCACUGCAAUUAAUACGGCUGUGCGCAGGAGUUAAUGUUACAGCACCAGGAAAUGCGGAAGAUUCGAAGAUACAUGGGAAACGGUCAGUUCAAGGGGGCAUUAAGAAAGACAUGCCUCCAUGGUAUGAGGAUAAUGGGCAGGGCAUAGGAGAAGAAGAUGUUGCUGUGAAUGAACAAACUAAAAGGAAAAAAAAUCGUGUAUCUGAAAUGGAUGCUGAUAGGGGCAACACUGCAUUCGACGUGGCAGCAGCACAUGAAAGAGGGCGUGGGCCUCAGCAGGAUAUAGGCUCAAAUGUGGCGGCUGAAACAACCCAGUCUGAUGGCAUGUAUACUUUCCAGGACCAUGGAAAAAUAGAUGAACCAGAUCUGAUGCAGCAACAGCCAGUGUUCGACUGCACGCCAGAGAGUAGCGGAGGACCUUCAACACGAAUUCCGUUGUGGCAAAAUGAAGGAGAUAAUUGUGUAAAGAACAUUGAAGAGGGAGUAAAAACAACGAGUGCAAGGGGUGAAAGAAUUAAGAAGGGUUUGAGCAAUCCAAGCUUUGGCAACAAAAAAGAGAACUCUGAUUCUAUCUCAGCUUCAAAAAGCAGAGUAAUUAAAAAAACAACAACAAGAAGGUUGCGUAGCUUCAAAUCUGCCAAUGAGGUCGCAGGGACUGAUAAUAUGGUAGUAGAGAAAGCUAUUAUUCCUGUUUGCAUGACGGGAGUAACACCUGUGAAGCGCCACGUUGCUGAGAGGCGGGUUCCUCCAUCGCCAUUUGACCUCAACUGGAAUCCAAGAACCAAGAGCAUAACUUUUAUUGAGAAGAUGUUCCAGCACUUUGUGGAAGAGGAGUACACAGUUCUAAAUAGGGUCUGGUUUCGCCAUGAUGAACCAUGGACACUAAGCCUAACAGGAAGGCAGCUGUGGGUGGCAUUUGCCAAAUCUGUACUCAUAAACACCGAAACGUUCGAUGCAAUCAUUAGAUUAUUACAAGAGGAGGACAGCAUGAUGUACAAGGAUUGUUGCUGCGAGCACCAACAAUGGCGGCACCUGCUACCUCCUUGCUUCUCAGAUUUUGUGCUGGCGAAUGGAGAAGGCACUUACAGUGAACAAAUCAAAGAAUUGUUCCUGGGGUCUCACCUUGGCAGUAAUGCCGAGCAUUGCAGACUGAUAAUGUUACCAUGCGCUCAAGCCGGGCACUGGUCCUUGUAUGCUUGGGAUGUAGAGAAGAAACGAAUACAUGUACUAGACCCUAUGUUAUGCCAAAAGACACGAGAAGAGCAGCGUGCAGUGCACGGUGACUUAAUUGCGUCAUUGCAUUCCAAAUUAUUUGACUACUUCUCAGAACUAUUCAGUGGACUGCACGAUGAUAGAGCCGGAUAUAAGAUAACAUUCUAUAAUCUUGCACAUGCACCGGCGUUGAGGGAGGAGUCAACGUUUUACGUUGUGCAUUACAUAAAGUGGUUCGAUGGAGAGCGACUGACGUUCACUAUUAAUGAGUGCAAAGCAAAAAAUGCACGGAUGAGUAUAUUCUACAACCUGAUGCAAAUGGCUGCAAACCAAGGAUGGAAGCCUAAGUAUCUGGAUGUGGAUGUAGAGACCAAGUGAUUCUUAAGUUGAACCCUGGAUACUGUCCCUGUUGAUGGCAAGAUUGUUGAAUCUUUUGUGGGGGAAGGAAAGGAAAAAAAACUAGUCAGCUGCCAUGUCUGCUAUAAACUGUGUUAAAUAUCCAUUGUGUAAGCAUAAAGGUUCUAGAAAUUCAGUACUAGGUACAUUGCAUGGAAUGAGCAGUCCAUUUAUCUAGACGUGUUUCAUGUUCAUGUUUUCCUAUUACAGCUCCCCUUUUCGGU